AUGCGUAUGGAAAUGGAAGGAGAACACGUGAAACACCUAGAGUCCGAGCGGGUGCACGAAGACUCUGAGGACGAUUCGGCGGUGCACUCGGACUCCGAGGACACGAUAGACCCCGGCAGCAGUCCUUGCACACGACUGGAAAGUCCUCCACCAGCUCUGUCGCCGUCAACGUCUCCGGCGGCGGCCACUUCCGGCAAGAGUUGCGGGGCGAACAACGGCCCUCCCAGCGGCAGGAAGCCGAGGAGAAGACGAACGGCGUUCACCCAUGCCCAGCUGGCUUAUCUCGAACGAAAAUUCCGUUGUCAGAAAUAUCUCAGCGUGGCAGAUCGCAGCGACGUCGCGGACGCGCUGUCGCUCUCGGAAACCCAAGUGAAGACCUGGUACCAGAACAGAAGAACCAAAUGGAAGCGACAGAACCAACUACGAUUGGAACAACUCCGUCACCAAGCGACGGUGGAGAAGGAGCUGCUGGUGCGCGGUGUCGGUCUUCAUCACGGUGGCAUAGACGCGUACUGUCCACCUUACAACGCUCAAACGCAGACCCAAACACAUCCACCACCUCCUCCGCCUCCUCCGGCGCCGUCCAGCGCCUCGACGGCCGCCUUUCUGUCGACGGCGGCUGCACUUUUCCGGAACGUGACCUACGUCCACGGAUGCCCCCUUUAA